AUGGAAAUCCAGAAACAUAAUCACUAUCACAAUCCGAUGAACACCAUCGAAAACAUGAAAUUUUGCAAACGGAAUAAAAACACGAGUUUUCCUAUUAUCCAAUCGUGCCACAAAUUCCUGGUGACCAACAAUAACAUUUCUCAUCUCCAAAAACACCUGCGGAGUGACGUCGAUUCCCAGGCCAAUGGACAGAACCCCGCCUGCGACGGGAAGACGGUCAUCGUGCACCUGUUCGAGUGGCGCUGGACCGACGUCGCCCUCGAGUGCGAGAGGUUCCUCGCCCACGCCGGCUACUGCGGCGUCCAGGUGUCUCCCCCGAACGAGCACCUGACGAACCCGCCCGAGUACCCGUACCCGUGGUGGCAGCGCUACCAGCCCGUCUCGUACAAGCUCGAGUCGCGCUCCGGAUCCGAGGAGGAAUUCGUCGACAUGGUGCGCAGGUGCAACGCCGUCGGAGUCAGGCUCUUCGCCGACGUCGUGAUCAACCACAUGGCGGCGCUCGGCAGCGAGGGCGUGGGGUCGGCGGGGUCCUCCUUCGACGCCGCCGCCAUGGCCUUCCCCGGCGUGCCCUUCGCGCCCCAGGACUUCACGCCGCCUCGACUCUGCUCGUCCGAGGAUGGUAUCUUAUCCAACUUAAGUAAUCCAAAUGACAUGAGAAACUGCGCCUUACUCGGUCUCGCUGACUUAUACGGAGCCUCCGCCUAUGUCAGAGAGCAGGUGGCGGGUUAUUUGAACAGGUUGGUGGGUUUGGGCGUGGCAGGGUUCAGGGUGGAUGCUGCGAGAUUCAUGUGGCCGGAGGACCUCGCCGCCAUCUUGGAUCUGACGGACGACCUGAACACGAGUCAUGGAUUCCCGCCAAAAACGCGUCCCUUUGUGUACCUCGAAGUCGUUAAUUUCAACGACGGAAUUAUCCCAGAUCAGGAUUAUUACGGUCUUGGUCAGUUACAAUAACUCGUCUACUGCCAGAGGUCGUCGACGGCUAGUACUGGCCGAACGGUGGACGAACCGCUGCUGGGAAUGACGACUGGGGGUAUGAACGACCCCGAAAAAGCGUUAGUGUUCGUCGAUAAUCACGACAACCAGAGGGGCCACAAUUUGCCAGAAAACACGCUCACCCACAAGACGCCAGGCCUUUACGAGAGAGCCGUGGCAUUCACCUUGGCUCAGCCCUACGGUUUGGCGAGGAUCAUGUCAUCCUAUGAUUUUGGGGAUGAUACUGAGGCCGGCCCCCCGCACCUGCCGGAUUACAGCACAGCCGAAGUCGUUAUCGAUGAAUCCGGACAAUGCGCGAACGGCUGGGUAUGCGAACACCGCUGGAAAGCCAUCUCGGCCAUGGUACAGUUCCGCAACGCCGUGGCCGGUACAGGCGAGUGGAAACUGUACCACAAUGAUGGUAAUUCCGUCGCCUUUUCUAGGGGUUCAAAAGGGUUCUUCGCCAUGGUUAAAGAAGGUUCUGUUGAAAAGACUGUGCCCACUACCCUCCCUCCCGGCCUGUACGAAGACCUCAUAACAUGCAAGGUCGUCCCGUGGCUAGUAAAACGGUUCGUGGACAUACCUGGCGAGCAACUUGUGGCAUGUGUGUUGGUGCCAGUGCCUCUUUGUGGAUUCGACAAGUGUGUGUGGUUAACUAACUCCCCCCCCCCUCUCCCUCACCCAGUUACAAGCCAGUCAAAGAGGUCAUCAUCGCCGUCAUCUCCCAACCGGACAGUCAUCUUCAUGCGCUACGAGACGACGCCAGAACAGGACGUGUUCAUUCGAGGAGGAAUCGAUGCUGAACACAGGCCAGGUUGCACAGAGGACGCGCAGACCGACGCAUGCGCAGUGGGCAUCGUGACGCACAUGCUGGGCACCAUUGACACUUACGACAAGUACAACUCCUGGCGGGUUGGCGACUACCACUUGGACUGGCACGGUGCCGAGGAGGGCCAAGGCACUUACUACGGGCUAGAGGCACUGGGAACCCCCCUGGCCUGGACCACAAACAACCCGCUCAGCCCAGCGUAUCAGGAGCUCAAUACAUUCGGCGACCACUACUGGAUGGUGGACGCGGAGAUGGACUGCUCCCAGACGGAGGGCGGCUGGCUGGAGGUCAAGGCCUUCGUCAGCAACGAUGCCUUGGGCUGGGAGCCUGACCUCGCGCAGGAGACUUGCUCUGGCUCGGGAGGGGGGUCGCCGCCCCCUUACCAGGACAGCAAUCAUUUUGCAAGAUGCGGCUACAUCAACGUCUUUCAUUACGGCGUCGCAGAGUGUUCCAUUAGCGAAUUCCCUUACUGAGUUCAUGGCAUUACACAGUAUACACCCGAACACAUGGAUGGGGAUACGUACAAAUACACUCGUGCGUACAAACGCAUGUAAAAGGACGCUCACACACAAAAAUAGUUUUGGAGUUGCUUAAUAAAAAUUGUAGCAUGCUUU